AUGAAGCACCAGUUGUCUUUCGUCGCUCUCUUCGCCUACGCCGCUGCGGCGCAAGGUAUUCACGGCGAAGGCCGCAUCAAGGAGAAAAGAUUGAACGCAGACCUGUAUUCCGUUCCCGCCCCCGGCUCAGUGUACGCAGGGCCGCCGCCGUCCUCCGCCGUCGAUAAGCCCACAGAGCCUACCGACAUCACCUCCGAUGACUCGUGCUCCACCGCCCUCACCACCAUAACAACCACCCGUACCGUCUCAGUCGUCACUCAAAUCCCUUCCAGCCUCGCUAGUGUAACCGGUACUGUCGACCUGAGCUCCUUCGGGCCUUCUCAGUCAGCACCUACGACGAGCGUGACCGCCGUUAUAGAGCUUAGUACUUGGCUUGUGCCCCAGCCACCGAGCGGUACGGCGACGGAUUUCGUUCCCGUUCCUAGCAGUGUUGCGUCUGAUGGUGAGGAGAGUAGUGUUGAGCCUCCGUAUGCUCCUGCUCCUACUGCUAGUAUUGAGCCCACGGAGACUUCUAGCGAUGGAACGACUUCGUCCACGUCAACUUCAUCGGGUCUGCCAGUGUUUACUGAUGCUGCUGGGGUGGUUGGGGUGCCGGUGGUUGUCGUUGGGGUUUUUGGAUUGGCGGCUUUGGUGCUGUAA